AUGACAACAAAUUGUACACAUUUACAAAAUCAUAUUGAAUUAUGUAAAGGUGUAUUAAUCGUUUUAACUAUGGCUGGUCGUACUUUAGGUCCUCAAUUUUCAGAAGAAACUUGGCUCGUACUUUUAAAGGUUGUAUUAGGAAUAACUGAUUGUUUACUUCACGAACCUAUUUCUACUAUGAAUUCUUCUGAAUUAAAUAUGGAUAAAAAAACUGCUAUGAUUAUGGCUGAUGAUUUAUGUGAACAUUUAUUAAGAGUACUUUUUGAAUUAUGGUUAAGAUCAAGAAUUCGUAAAGUUGAAAUGUGGAAUAUUUUUAAAAAAUGUUUUAAUCAAUGGACUCAUAGACAUCAAGCUAUUUUACAAUGGAAUGCUACUACUUUGGCUUUAACUCAACGUGUUGUUAGAUUAUUAUAUGGUCCAAAAGAAGGUGCUGAUAUGGUUAACGUUUCUGUUGGUGGUUAUAAUGUUGGGUUAGAUCUUCCAACUGAUUUUGUUUAUUUUGCUUGGCAUCGAAUGGUUUAUUUAAUAAAUAAUCCAUGUACCUUACCUUCUUCUAAUUUUUCUUCGGCAAUUUCGGGAAUUGGUAAAAUUAUUGAAGCUUUUCAAUUAAUUGUUCAUCAAAAUUUUCAUAAAUUUUCUCAACAAGAUAUUCAUCAAGAUACUGGUUACCCUUUUUUUUGCUAUACCUGA